AUGCCGCAGACCACGGCCGCGCUCUACCCGGAGCCCCGGCCCGACAUGUGGAAGUUCCCCUCGCGCCGGAGCGUCGUCCAUAGUACCGACGGCAUCGUCGCCUGCACGCAGCCCCUCGCUGCCAAGUGCGGCCUCGAGGUGCUGCGCGCGGGUGGCAACGCGGCCGACGCCGCCGUGGCAGUUGCCGCUGGCCUCAACAUGACGGAGCCCUGCUCCACGGGCAUCGGCGGCGACAUGUUCAUCCUCUACUGGGACGCCGCCACCAAGAAAGUCAGCGCCAUGAACGGCUCCGGCCGCUCGGGCGCCAACUGCACACUCGAGCGCAUCCGCGCCGACCUGGGCGCCGACUCGCCCAGCUCCAACCUCACCGAGAUCCCCAUGAAGAGUGUCCACGCCGUCACCGUCCCCGGCGCCGCCGCCGGCUGGGUUGACACCGUCGAGCGCUUCGGCAGCGGCAAGGUCAGCCUGGAGCAGGUCCUCAGCCCGGCCAUUGCGCUCGGCGAGAAGGGCUUUCCCGUGUCCGAGGUGGCGGCCUACUAUUGGAACGUCUCCGAAAAGCACAUCCGCGAGGCGUCGCCCAACUUCGCCGAGAUGCUCAAAAAGGACCCCUCCGCCGCGUCGGGGGUCCGCGCCCCGCGCGCCGGCGAAGUCAUGAAGAACCCGACGCUCGCGCAGACGUUCCGUGCGCUCGCCGCCGAGGGCAAGCCGGGCUUCUACGCGGGCCGCGUGGCCGAGGAGCUGGUGCGUGUGGUGCGCGACCUGGGCGGGCACCUGGAGCUGUCGGACCUGCAGCACCACCUCGAGGCCGGCAGCGAGCCCGUGGCGCCCAUCUCGCUCGCCUUCAGCGCGCAGGGGCUCGGGCGCGAGCGCGGCGUGGAGCUGUGGGAGCACCCGCCCAACGGGCAGGGCAUCGUCGCGCUCAUGGCGCUCGGCAUCGUCCAGGAGCUGGAGCGCCAGGGCAGCAUCCCCGUCUUCGGGCCCGACGACUUCAACUCCACGGCGUAUCUGCACGCCAUCAUCGAGGCGCUCCGGCUGGGCUUCGCGGAUGCCCACUGGUUCGUCACGGACCCCAACGUCACGCCCGUGCCGACCGAGGGGCUCAUCUCGCAGGCGUACCUUGCCGAGCGGGCCAAGCUGUUCGACCCGAAGCGCGCGGCGCCGAGCCUGCACCACGGCGAGCCUCCCGCCGGCGUGUCGCCCGCGCUCCGCAGCAGCGACACCGUCUACUUCACCGUCACGGACGCGCAGGGCAACGCCGCGUCCUUUAUCAACUCCAACUACGCAGGCUUCGGCACAAGCAUCAUCCCCAAGGGGUGCGGCUUCACGCUGCAGAACCGCGGCGCCAACUUCUCGCUGGAUGCGGCGCACCCGAACCGCCUCGAGCCGCGCAAGCGGCCCUACCACACCAUCAUCCCGGGCAUGGUCACCAACCUGGCCGACGGGUCGCUGCACUCGACGUUUGGCGUCAUGGGCGGCUUCAUGCAGCCGCAGGGCCACGUCCAGGUGCUGCUGGGCCAGCUGAUCGCCGGGCUGGACCCCCAGCAGGCCCUCGACGCGCCGCGCGUGUGCAUCGGCGCGGGCAUCCCUGAGGACGGGAGCAGCACCGAGGUCGAGUGGACGGUCAACAUAGAGGAGGGCAUGCCGGCCGAGACGAUCGAGGGCCUCCGCCGACUGGGCCACAAGGUCGAGGUGGUCGGCGGCGCGGGCCGAGGCUUGUUUGGCCGCGGCCAGAUCGUGCGGCAGACGGUCGAUGCGGUCGACGGGACGUUUGUGUGGUCGGCGGGCAGCGACAUGCGGGCGGACGGCGCGGCGUACCCUGCGUAA